AUGGAUCCAUGCCCUCCGCGUUCACUGUGGCCUCGCGACAACUUCAUCACUGACCCUCACGACUCCUGCGGUGACCCCCACGCCGACUCUAUCGCCGAUCCCAAGCAUCGUUUGUUGGAGCCGAAUGAGAGAAGCCUGCUUGCCAUUUUGUCUGUGGUGAUACCAUCAAUUCUACCCAUGAUCCUACUCGUUACAUCCUGGCAACUAUGGUACAUCUACAACGUGAACUGCCGAGACCAAACCUGCAAACUUCCGCUUCCGCCUGGCAGCAUGGGACUUCCGGUCAUUGGGGAAACACUUAAUCUUGUAUUAAUGGGCGCAAAGUUCUACAAACAGAGACUUAAGUCGUACGGGAACGUCUUCAAGACUCACAUUCUGGGAAACCCUACCAUCCGGGUUGUUGGAGCUAAGAACAUCCGUAAAAUUCUACUGGGAGAGCAUUCGCUUGUGACUGCCUACUGGCCCAAGAGCGUCCGGACCCUCAUGGGGGCGGGAACAGUGACCCACGCUAUGGGCGACACCCAUCGCCUCCGACGUAAGGUUAUCCUGAAGGCCUUCACCCACAAAGCCCUGUCGUCGUACGUCGGCGCCGUCCAAGACGUCACCCGCUCCUACAUUCAGAAGUGGUGUCAGCAGGGAUAUGUCUUCGGGUACCCAGAAUGCAAGAGUAUGACGUUCAAGACAGCGUGCCGCGUGCUGGUGGGGUUCAAGGUCAGCGAGAAGGAGCACCAGCAUCUACUGAGGACGUUUGGGGAGUUCACAGACAGCCUCUUCUCCCUACCCUUCAAUGUUCCCGGAUCUGGCUUCAAUAAGGGUCUGCACGCUCGUCAAAAGCUAUUGUCCAAGAUCGAGGAGUGCCUUCAUCGACGGAGGGAAGAGGGGGGCGGCUUCGACGCCUUGUCCCUUAUGAUGGGGAUCGAAGGGGAGGAAAAACUAACGCUUGAUGAGCUGAAAGACGUCGGCCUUGAACUUCUGUUUGCCGGCCAUGCCACGUGCGCCAGUGCAGCGUCAUCCCUACUGACCCAUCUCGCCAAGAAUAAACACGUUGUUGACCGGAUAACGGAGGAACUAAAAUGUCACGGUCUGGAUGAGGAUGACAGAGAGCUGACGCUGGAGAAAAUAGGUCAAUUGAAAUACGUGUCCAAUGUGGUGAAAGAGGUUCUUCGACUAGCGCCACCUAUUGGCGGAGGAUUCAGAAAGGCUCUGAAAACAUUUGAAAUUGAUGGUUACCAAAUACCUAAAGGAUGGACGGUCGCUUUUAGCAUCCGAGAAACACAGGAACUCACAGAAAUAUUCAGUGAAAGCGACAGAUUUAACCCCGACAGAUGGAAUUCAGUUUCAGACGACCGGUUCCAUUACGUUCCGUUUGGAGGCGGAAGUCGAACGUGUGCUGGGAAGGAACUUGCCAAACUCAUGCUAAAAAUAUUCGCCAUCGAACUGGCAAGAAACUGUACAUGGCGUCUUUUGAACGAGUCUUCAAAAAUGAAAUACAUUCCUGUUCCGUAUCCGGUGGAUGGACUUCCAGUUCACUUUUCACAAAUUUCUAAAACCAAAAGACCACGUGCUUUCACGUGGUGA